AUGGAUCAACAACGCUGCAUUGGUAAAGCGAAUGAUCUUCCAUGGCAUAUUUCAGCAGAUCUUAAACACUUCAAAGAAAUCACCCAAGGCGGUGUUGUGGUGAUGGGACGUAAAACGCUUGAAUCGAUGGGACGUGCAUUACCUAAACGUGUCAAUUGGGUAAUUACCCGUGAUCAGGAUUGGAACUUUGCUGGGGUUAAAACGGCCCAUAGUAUAGAUGCUGCUUUGGAGCAAGCGAUUCCUGAUGUAUUGGCAUCAGAAAAACCUGCCAGUAUCUUUAUCAUUGGUGGUGGUGAAAUUUUUAAACAAACCAUGCACAUUGCUGAUCGUUUAGAGCUCACCCACAUUGAGCUCGAUGUACAAGCCUGUGGUUUUGUUUCGCGAUUUGGAUUCAACACCCCUUAG